AUGGGGAAGUUAGAAACCCGAAGAGUAGAAGAUGUUCAGCUUACUGUCCCGUUUAAGCCAUUUGCAAUCGUAACUGUCUCUUUGCCAGCGUUUUCAUUGCUGUACUGUUUUCUACAUGGUAUUAUAUUUCGGUUCGAUGACGUCAACGAGACGGUGUGUAAGGCAACCAAUGUUAUUCCCUCCAUUAGUGCUGUGACAGGUAUAACUCCAGGGGCGUACUUUUGGAGAAUUUGCAUUGGUCUUCAUGCCACACCAAGAUUUGCAGUUGGCUUCAUGUACUACAGUUAUUAUGCUGCAAGAUUAGCAUAUGUCGACAAGGAUUUCAGACCUUUUUUCAAGAAAUUACUCAGUCUUAACUUUUGGUUAUACACCAUUGAAAAUUCUUGUUUGGUUGGAGUUACCUAUAUCUCUAACAAGGAAAACUAUCCUGUCCAUGAGAAGAUAUUUGUAGUUUUUAUGGUUACAAGUUGCUGCUACAUGUUACUCAACACCCUCAUCUUCAAAUGGACGAGGACGGAUAUCUUGACCCCUACUGAGAAGUUAUCCCUGAAGAUUAAAUGGAUCAUGUUUGCCUGUAUAAUGACAGCCACAACCGGACUGUUAACAGCUUUUAUAUUACACAGGGUAUUCUGUGUUCCUUAUGCAUUUAGCUUUUUCUCUGCAUUUGAGUAUGUAAUAGCAUACUCCAACAUGGGAUAUCAUGUCAGCGGUUAUUUAGAAUUCAAAAACAAAUCAAUCAUAGCAGCUGACGUCAUCUCAGAUUCUGUGUACACCAAUGGAGAUACGCCUGAGGUCAAGGCCAUUACUAAUGGUCUAGAUGAUGAAAUGGAUGGGAAACGAAGAAGUUUACGAAUUAGGAAGAAAGGGGCAGGGGAAAGCGUCCAAUGAUAAUGAAGAAAUAGUUUUGUUGUUUUUGUUUCCUGUUUCUAAUAUGUGCAAUGAUGAUACAAUAUUUAUUUGUUCUUGUCCUUUGUGCCCCCAAAAAUUAAUCUUUACUUUCUCAGGCCAAAAUUUUCAGAAAACAUUUUGCUGUAUUUACUUUUUCAGGCCAAAAAUUUCAAAAAUACAUAUUGCUGUCAGCAAAGAUUUUAAUUUACAGGUAAUUACAAUGCAUGUACAUGUAUUUAAAAGGAGUACAAUUCAUUUUUCUUUAUUUAAUUUUAUUCAUUAAUUUUCUGUGAUAUUACAAUAAAAUUAAUAAAUGGGCAGCAUUUGACAUAAUGCUUCCGGUGCAUGAGAAACUAAACAUUAAGUUUUUUGGCCUUUUAUGUUGAUUUUAACCUGCCUGUGAACUUACGGAAGAAAUGCUGCAAAAUUUUAACUUUUUAAUGACUGAUUUUCAUGGCAUGUAUAGAAAUUUCUGAUUAUAUUUGAUUGUGACAUGAAUUUUCUCUUACAAUUUUUUUUUUUCAAAAAUAGAUGCCAGUGUUGGGAAGAUAAUUAUGAUAUGCAUAAUGGUAUUAAAAAAGAUGGUUGAUACUCGUCAUGCAUUGAUUUAACAUGUUAUUGUUCAUUUGUAAAAGAUCUGUACAUUUACCCAGUUCAUUGGAUAUCAGUGGCUGAGAUAGGGAUUCUAUUCACAUUCUUACUAGAUAUUUUAAAUAAUCCAAAUUUUUACAGGAUUAUUUUUAAAAUGUAUGAUGGUAUUGAUGUUACAGGUUUAGAAUUUUUGUAGAUUAGCCAGACAUAUUGUGUGUUGUUUCUUGCCAUGCACCAAAAUUGUUACUCUAUCCCUUAAUCGGGUUAGUCACUUUUUGUCUGAUCUUUAUUCAUUAGUGCAAAGUUCACUUUACACAUUAUUAUUUGCUUUCUAUACAGAAAAAAGGAAUGAUUUUGUAUGUAUAGAGCACUGAUUCACUAGUUUGUAAAAAAUGUCAUUAAUCUUAUGGUUAAUUGUAUUUCAUUUUUUUAUUGGGGGGGGGGGGGGGGGCUUAAAAAGCUCCAGAUUAUCAUACUUACAAUCAUGUAACAAUCAUUUCCUGUGAAUUGCAGGGUCAUAUAAUACAGGCUACGUUGAUUAUCGUCAGAAACAUUAGUUUCUCUUUGUCUGUUUUAAACAACCAUUCCAGUUUUCAGUACAUGAAUCUUGUAUCUGUCCUGCCCUGUGUUGGAUUUGUUUUUAUGAACAUUUUGAUGACAUAGUGCAUUGUAUUAAUUCACUUUUGUGUCAUAAAUGUCUUGAUUUACUAGUCCAUGGUUUUAAGAAGAAGGAACAGUUUCUUUUAAUAUUUGCCCUAAAAUUCAAAAGUUGUUUAAAUCUCAUAAAAAUCCACAUAUAAUCUCUUGAACAUGUGUGUACCUGGUAUAUGAAAUGCCAAGUUAUACACUUUUAUCUUGUUUCAAAAAAUAAUAAUGAUUUCAUUUUGGCACAUUUAUAAGAUUGAGUCAAACAUGAUGAAAAAUGGUACAUUUUCUCAUUCCUUUUUGAAGAGGAGAAUGUGUCCGCAGCCGUCGCCCACAACAAAAUUAAUAUAUUUCAUGUGUUUUAACAUGAUAAAGUUAUAAUGUUAGUUUCAUCAUGGACGACGGCUGCGGACAUAGAUUUCUAUUCAAAAACCACCUGCUCAGUUUUAUGAAUAUUACGGGAAAAUGCACUGUUUGUGACGUCACAAUUACCCUUGUGAAAGUCUAAUCAGGUAACUAUUUAUAGAUUCUUAGUUUAUUGGUAUUUUUGUGUAAAUUAAUGUAACAUUUCCAUUUUCUGGUGAUAUUUUUAAAAAUCACUCUAAAACAGGGCCAAAUAUGACUAAAACUGUACCUAGUUCUUUGUGGUAGCAUUAUAUCAUGCAAUGUGGUUACAAUUAUUCCUUACCAUUUAGAAUUAAAUAUAUAUACAUGUAUAUGUAUUACUUUAUUAAGCGGAAGAAUCAAAAGAUUAAUAUGCAUUAGGUAUAUGUACAGUGUACAUGUUUAUUGAAUAAGGCGUUUGUCAAUACAGUAUAUAGUGAGUUAACCAGAAGAUUUCAGCUUUGUACGGACAAAUUUCAUUAGGAUGAUAUUAAUCCAGCUACUUAUCUACUGGCUGAAUUAACUGCUUAAUACUCCUGAUUACUUUGUUGCAUGGAAUGAGUAUAUUUGUCAGUAUUUCCUGAUUUAGAAAUUAUACGUUAAAAAUUUGAUAAGCUUUACAUACGUUAUGUUGUAGGAUCCAUUACUAUGGUUUCAUCAAUGUUUAUGUUCAUGGACAUCCAUUUUUGUAGAUUUUGUAAAAGGUACAUUUUCAAGGAUACCUUAAUUUAUUUUACUACUAAAUUUCUUUCCAUUGACUCUUUUGAUACGAAUAUUUUGUCAUUUUUCUUUCUUCGUUUGGUUUCGUGGAACUACUCAACAACAAAAUUCAUGAAAAGUGGUUCUAGAUGAAAAUGAUAAAGCCACUGUGACAGAAUUCUCUUUAUAGAAUUUCUAAAUUUUAGAAACUAUUGAAUGUAACACUAUUUUGUAGCAUGAGGGAAACUGAACGGAAUCCUGUUCUCAAACACAUAGAAGUGAACGUCCAGGAUUAACAUAUCAUUCAAGUUUUAUCUUUUUAAUAAUUCCAUUGUGUUCAUUUUUACAUUUACUCUUUUUUAAACCGUAUUUAAUUUGUGUAUGUAUGUUCACAACAGUAAAAAAUGGUGUUUUUUUAAAAUUACAUCUGUAUUAAAUCUUAAAUAUUAAAUUUAACACUUGCU